UAAGGGCUCAGUCGCUCGGCGCUUUCCCUUCGCCGCUCUCCCCUCCUAGGGUUUCCUUUCUCCGCCGUUCCCUCCUCUCCAAGCCGCUGAUCGCUGCGAUACCUUCGCCGUUGUUAAGGUUUCUUCCCUCCCUCACUGAAGACGAUGGACCUCUCCCCGGGCACAGAGAAUUACAUCAAAGAAUCCAUCGAGAGCUCGCUGGGACUCCCGGUCUCCGUUAAGAGUCUCAGACUUAAACUACUCGCCUCAGAAGACUCCCGAAACCGCCUUCAAGAUCAGGUCUUUGUCUUAGAGGAGCGCCUCCAGGAUUCGAACAAGCGAAUGGAGCAAUGCAGGGCAGAGGCGAACAUGAACGCACAGGGAGUGAGGAGAUGCGUCGAGGAGAAAGAGAUCUAUGCGUCAAAGUAUGGUGAUUUGUUGACUCAUUGCCGAAAGUUGGAGGAGGAGUGUUCUUUAUAUGAGCAUGACUUGGAGAGGAUUAUGGAAUCUUGUGACGAGUUGGGGAAGGAGAACGAGGAGUUACAAUCGAGGCUGCAGGAUGCUUCAAAUCUGGAAUCAUUGGCUACCAAAAUUGAGACCUUGAACAAGGACAAGGAACAUUUGAGGACAAAUCUUCACACAGCUGAAGAAGAGGUCAAAAUUCUUUUUCAAGAGAACAAAAUGCUGGAUGAAGAGAACAAGAGGUUGUUGGAAUUACUGAAAACAGAGAGGCAGCGCCAAGGAUCCAACAGCCACAAGCGUUCCGCAAGUGCUGCUGCUAAAGGUAAACGCAAGUCAAGGCCAAACGAUGGCAGUCCUUUCGGGCUAAGGAUUGAUUUUGAAUCGUCAGAUUCAUCAAGAUUACCAUUGUCGCCAAUCCAUCAGAACUUACCUGAGUCUAGAAUGCAUAAGAAAGUUCCAUCGACCCAAUGCUCAAGCUAAGUUAUCUCUAAACUGACAACCUGUUUGGUGGCCGUGUUGAGAUCAACAGUUCUUGUUGUUCUUCUUCUACUGAAAACUGAUGGCUUUCAUUGCCCAUGCUCAAUAAAGUCAGAUUGUUUGCUAGCUCCUGACUGUUGACCAAAAAAUAUCAAUGCAAUAUACUUGGAAUCACUUUUUAGGCCGUUGUAAAGACUGAACAAAAGUACUAAUUGCAUUGUUCUGAUCUAUGUUACUAUGAUAAAUAUAAGUAGGAUAGAAGCAAUAGGGAUGUAAAUAAAUUUAGCUUGUUCAAACUUGUUUAUUUAUUUAUCAAACUUCUUUAACAUUGUUUGUUAAAGAAUCUAUCUAGCUCCAUUUUAG